AUGACGCUGGAAGAGCCGGUGGCUUUAUCACCAGGUUUCUGCUCCGCCGAAGAACCAGAGCUGGCUGGUGCACGGCCACCCAACGUGGCCAAUCUAAAGCAGUUUCCAGGCCACGGGAAGGGUUCCACCAUGGGGAACUUCGACACGGACAGGAAGGCGUCCUACGAAGAUGUCUCUGGGGAGCACGGGGAGGUGGUCAGCACCAUUUCCAGCAGCAUGAACCCGCUACAGCCACCAGAUUCCUCCUCAGAGGAACCUUUUACCACCUACUUUGACAGCAAGAUCCCAAUUCCUGAAGAUGAAACGUCUUGUUUCAGUUUCCGCAAACUCUGGGCUUUCACGGGGCCAGGUUUUCUGAUGAGCAUUGCCUACCUGGAUCCGGGCAACAUCGAGUCGGAUUUACAGUCCGGGGCUGUCGCAGGGUUUAAGCUGCUCUGGGUCCUGAUGCUGGCGACGAUCAUCGGGCUGCUCCUGCAGCGCCUGGCAGCCAGGCUGGGGGUGGUGACAGGGCUGCACCUCGCUGAAGUCUGCAACCGGCAGUACCAGAAGGUCCCUCGGAUUAUCCUGUGGCUGAUGGUCGAACUCGCCAUCAUCGGAUCCGAUAUGCAAGAAGUCAUUGGCUCGGCGAUCGCUAUCAACCUCCUGUCUGUGGGGAAGAUCCCGCUGUGGGGCGGAGUGCUCAUCACCAUUGCCGACACGUUCGUGUUUCUUUUCUUGGAUAAAUAUGGCUUGCGGAAACUGGAAGCAUUCUUUGGGUUCCUCAUCACCAUCAUGGCUCUGACGUUUGGAUACGAG